GCCCCUGUCGUCAGUGCUGGCGGCAAGUGCUGGGAGCCGGGGCUGGUGCCUCCUCCCUCUCCUCCUCCUCCUCCAUUGUAUAAUGCUGCGUGAUCGCAGCCGCCGGGGCAGAGCGGAGGCUUAAAUCCUCACGCCGCCUGCGCCUGCCGCUGCCGCCGCCUCCACCUCCUCCUCCUCCUCCUCCCCCCCUUCUGCAUCCCACCCGGCCCCUCCCCGGAGCGGCGCGGCGAGGGAGCGACAUAUGGAGCUGCUCUAGGGCGAGAGUUCGCGACCUCCCCCCCUCCAUGCUUUAGUUCUCAGGUGGAGCUGCAUGUGCUUCACGGCGAUGCGGGGGGAUCCCGGCCCCGAGCAGGUGCGUGUGGUAGUUGGACAUAAGAGUUUUCAUCGGGGCUGCCGGGCUCGCAGGAGCCGGGCUCCUCCGGCUGGAGGAACCGGCUUUGCAGUGGGAUUCACCUGCACAAAUGAAGGUGCCUGUGUCUUACAGGCUUCUCACAGGGUACAAAAUUGACAGAGGCACCUCAGUUUCCAUUUAAGUGCACAGGAAGCUUUCACAUGAUAUAUGUUGGGGAAAGGAGGAAAGCGGAAGUUUGACGAGCAUGAAGAUGGGUUGGAAGGCAAAGUGGUGUCUCCUACUGACGGUCCCUCUAGGGUGUCUUACACCUUACAGCGUCAGACUAUCUUCAACAUUUCCCUUAUGAAACUUUAUAACCACAGGCCAUUAACUGAGCCGAGCUUGCAAAAGACAGUUUUAAUUAACAACAUGUUGAGGCGAAUCCAGGAAGAACUCAAACAAGAAGGCAGCUUGAGGCCCGUGUUCGUGACCGCUUCGCAGCCCGCCGACCCUCUCAGCGACAACUUCCGCGAGGCCCAGCCGGCGUUCAGCCAUCUCGCUUCCCAGCCCCUUCUCCCCACUGACUUCGUAAGCACUAUGCCCCUGGAGUCCUGCCUCACCCCAGCCUCUUUGCUCGAGGACGACACUUUUUGCACUUCCCCGACUGUCCAGCACGAUGGUCCGACAAAACCACCACCUCCUGCUCUCCAACCAGUAAAGGACAGCUUCUCCUCAGCCUUGGACGAAAUCGAGGAGCUUUGUCCAGCACCUACCUCCGCAGAGGCAGUAGCAGCCGAAACGGCAGCCGGCGACUCCAAAGCCCACCCCAGUGAGUCCAACGUUCAAAAGCCCGAGGGCCUCCCGGAGAGCAGAACAGCCGAAUCGAAACUCAUGGACUCGCUACCUGGCAACUUCGAGAUAACAACUUCCACAGGUUUCCUCACAGACUUGACCCUGGAUGAUAUUCUGUUCGCUGACAUUGAUACGUCCAUGUAUGAUUUUGACCCCUGCACGUCUGCCACGGGGGCUGCCUCAAAAAUGGCUCCUGUCUCCGCAGAUGAGCUCCUAAAAACUCUCGCUCCGUACAGCAGUCAGCCAGUAACUCCAAAUCAGCCUUUCAAAAUGGACCUCACAGAACUGGAUCACAUCAUGGAGGUGCUUGUUGGGUCUUAAAAUAUAGAAAUAUAGCAUUUUUUUUUUUUUUUUUAAUUUUAAGUACCAGUAUAUACACUUGGUAGUAUUUCCAUAGUCCCUCCCACCCCCGAUUCACAGCACUGUGCAUGCGUCCUUGCUUGCCUUUUUUGAAAAGAAAAGGAUCACACUAGUUUUUGCUUCAAGCAGAGUUGGAGUGCCUUCAUCCAUGUAUGACCACUUCUAAUGUAUUUUUUUUUUAAAGUGGUUCCUCAAGGAAGACCGAAUAUCCUGGUAUAGGAAAGAGUAUGUAUUGUAGACAAUGUUAUGUUACUACAAAAAAAAAGAAAAAAAAAAAAAAAAGAAAAAAAUUGUAAAAGCUAAGCACAAGGAUUAUGUUGGGGAAAGCUGUAAAUUGCAUGUGCAUAUUUGUCUAUUUUUUCUAUAAGUUUUAUUGCAAGAGGUAAAAAAUUUUAUUAUUUAGAUAAUCUCAAUACCAUUUUAGCCCUGUAUAGGUUGAUUUAGCAAUUCAGCCUUUUGGAGGCAUUAACCUGCUCCUCUUUAAGUGUUGCAUUUACAUGGCUGUUUAGAAACUGCUGCCCAAAUUUAUUUUAUAUUUUUGUACAGAUUCUGCAGUUUAUGAUAUUGUUUUUUCUAAAAACAAAUGCUGUUUAUACACACAAAAAAUAGCUAUUUUGAUAGGAUUUGCUCACAUAGUUCCUGCAUAAUUCAGAUGUACAAGAACCACUUGUACUUUUAUACAGAGUUGUAAUGUUUUAUAUGUGUAUGGUGCAAAGAGAAAAUUGGAUCAAAUAAGCCUGCAGUCGGUUUCCCUGAAUGCAAACAAAAAAAGUGCUUUAAGAAAGGGCUGGGAGCUGCUUCUGUAGGAGUUUCACAAGUGUUUGCUCCCUGCUGUACCCACUGCGCGCUACUGUGAUUCCUGAAACUUAGAGCCAUGUCCUUUUCCAACACGUAUGUGAAGCAGUUGGCAGGAAACAGUUGUGGAACUUCACCCAAAGAGGUCCUGAGCACCACCGCGGCCGCAGCCUCCCUGCCCCGGCGCCAGGCUGGUGCCCCCAAGCCCACCUGCGUCCCCUUGCCGAGGCGUCCAUCCUGCGUGACGUGGAGCGCCUUAACACGGCGGCAGAUCAGCGCUUCCUCACCCGAAGCUCCUGGGAGUGGUUUUGAGGGAGAACAUGCCCGUUGCCUGCCGAGAGCCGACCUCUCACGGAGACCUUCCUGACUGAUGGGCACACACGGAGCAGGCGGAAGACUGGUGUUGACAGCGUCCACUCGCCCUUUCUUGGAGCAUUUCUCCUUCCUCCCCUCUCCCCACCUCACUGUGCUAAGUGCUGAAAAAGGUAACUUCAGUAUUACUGCAGUGAAGCUCAUCUCUUAACCUGCACUGGAUGGACUUGCUUUAAUAUCCAUUGCUGUUGGAACUGGAGCCAGUCACGUUCCAUCACUUGGCAUCUCGUAUAGGGUUGGUUUCUUGUAUCAACUGUGUUACCUGCUUUACACUUUAUAGACCCGUUUUACAACGAAUAUACAGACACAGCUUUCUAUGCAUGGUCCCGUUCCCUGUAACACCUGAGAAAUCUUCUCCUUACUGCACCAAUAGCAUUUUUUUAAGUUCAUGAUGGUGUACAUUUAAUUUAAAAAAAACCCAGUGUUUGCAAUGUAUCAUGCCUAUUGCUGAAGUUGCUAUGGCAUUUUAGUUUUUCAAUGGUACUUUAGCUGUUGAGUGCCGGUUACAACCUAUAUUGUUGACAUGCCUAUGGCUUCUUUAGGAAUAACUUUUAUAUUUAUUUAAGAAAUUUUAAAUUAUGUUUUACGUCAUUUGGCAAUAUUCAGUCAGUUCUGCUCCCUUCUUGUCAUGGAUGAAAUUGGGUCUUGCCUGCCUUUUAAGGAGGCAGCUUUUUAUAAAUUGGCACUUUAAAACAGGCCAUAUAUAUUUAUUAGUAUAUAGAUAGAUAGAUGUAACAUAGAUAUGCACACAGACACAGUAUAAAAGCAAAUACAUUUUGCAAUGAAGGAACUCCUAAUUGAAAUGAAAUGCGUCAUGUACAAUUACGAAACGCGCUUCUGGCUCCUAAUUCAUCUGCCAGGGUGAGAUGCGUGGUAGGGGAGGGGGGACUUGUGGAGCAGGUGGGUUUGCUUGCUUCUUUUUUCCAAGCUGAACUCAGUGAAGCAGUGGGAUUGCUGAAGGAUUUGCAGUUGUUUCCUUACAUGGACUAAAAAAAAAUAUAGUAAUAAUAAAAAAAAAUUAAUUGCUUUGAACAGAAAACUGUUGACCAAGUGUAGCUUUAGGGACCAUCAGAGGCGAGGGGGUGGGUAAGGAGGGGGGGCGGUGCUGUCUCACGCCCAGCAGGACCAGCCCUUGCCUCAGCCACAGCCCUCGGCCCUUGUCGGGAAACAGUCGGCUCUGCCCAUUGCGCGUUUCUGGUGACUGGGGCGAUGGCACCACGCCAGGGUGCCGGGGCUGUCCCCGCAAACCUGCAGGCGCACGGUCACAUCAGCUGUUCCACACGGUGACUGGGUAAGCACUUGCCUUACCAGGGCUAAAACCCAACUGACGGCACGCUGGAUGGAACUGCCUGUUUUUUUGGGAAUACUUACGCAUUUAAACAAGUACCAUAUGCUAGGCAAGAGUUCGCAUCGAUGCGGUUUGUGGAGAGCUGUGCUGUUAAGUGGGGUUGAAGUUUUUAUGUCCACAGAACAGGAGCUUGAGCUCUAAAUCCACGUUACCACUCGUAAGAUGAUGUCUGUGUAUCCUUGGUGCUGAAGCGCAUGUCCUGCGGGGUAUCCGUGCAGGAAUCCCUUAGGACAUAAGCCUGCCUGACUUACGGGACUAGGCGAAAGGGCGGCGAGGCUGGCGCAGGCUGCGGAGGGAAGGGCUCUGCGGCCCUUGCUCCCCGCACAGUCACUUACCGCCUGUAGCGUGGCCUUUGCCCUGGUCCUAACAGCAGCCACGUUCGGAAUUUCUGAGACCUACACCAGGGAUGGAGAUUGACAUUAAUGUGCAAUGAAGUGACAAGAUGGGAGCAGAAUUAAAGAGCUUUGGAUUUGAAGUGAUUUUUUUUUUUUCAUAAAUUAUUUAUUCUUUUUUUUUUUUUCCUUCUGUAAAUAUAUUUAUUUUAUUGUGAAGCUAACAACAUCUGGAUUGUAACAUGUACAGAAUGUAUGGUAGGAAUGUAUUCUCUUGUAGGAAUGUAAAUCUGUAUGAAAAAGGGUACGGGAGCCAGAUUCAGAGAAAAUGAAUUGAGUUCCAGUCAGGAUAUGCAUGGCUCACAUGACUUACCCCCACCCCACCCCUUUUUUUCUAAUAUGGGUCUGGUUUGAAAUAUGCAAAAAAAGUAUGGAUGAGGGGCAGUUUUAUGUUCAAAAUUAGUCCUAGCCGGGCUCCUACCCCAUCAGCCUCGUGAGCCGGGCGUCCCUUGGGAGCUGCAGCAGAAGGCAGGAGCAAGCGCCGUCCCCUCCGUCGCGCUGGGCUGGCCGGUGUAGGAAAAGGUGGCGUUUGUAACGCCUGCGGGAAGCCGCGCUCGAGCCCCCGGUGCUGGACGGCUGGAGAAGGUGGCAGGAUGUCACCUCCAGCCCCAGAAGCUGCGGCAGCCAGUGCCACCUCGCUGCCCUGCCUGUCCCACCGGCCGGUCCCUGGACACCACGGGUCCCCUCCAGAGCCCGGCGGCACCGCACGGCCCGCUGUGCGAUGGGGAGCUUCCCUCGGCGAGAGCACGGCUUGGAGCAGUGUCGUCCCUGAGCACAUCCGCCUGGCGCGGGCCUGGCAGCCAGCUGGGCACACCAGGCCUGCCAGCCAAGCUGGACCCUCGCAAAGGGAAUUCGGUUUUUCCUCAGCGCUGUGUGGUCAUAGCCCGGGUUGUUUAAAACUGAUGUUCUGAAUUUAAAAGUUUACACUUUGAUCACCAUUAAGUUGAGUAAAUGGUAAUGGGUCCUGUCCGACAAACGGUUUAAUUCACUCCGGCAUAUUGUGACCUUUUGGUUCUUGUUACAGGGUUUCUUUUGGGUUUGUCCCCCCCCCCAGCCCCCUACCAGGUUUCAGUAUCCUGCUUCUGUGCAAGUUGCUUUCAGUGCUUCUAUUAAUUAAUGAGACUGAACAUUUUUAAAGUCAUUAAUUCUUUUUUAAGCACUUUUUCUGAAAAUAAGCCUAAUGCAAGUUCUGGAACCUCUUUAAAAACACAAAUUGCAGAUAAAAUCCCAGCCUUGACUCCUGUCUAGUUCUGAGCGUAAUCCAUACUAGCGCCUGUAAAGGCCAAGAUUCUGGAAAAGGUGUAAAUAGUGUGACAUGUUCAGUGCAUGGUUGUUUGAACAGGGCUUGUUAUUGUCAAAAAAAAAAAAAAAAAAAAGAAAAAAAAGAAAAAAAAAAAGAAAAAAAGGCUGUAUUUCCCCUUCCCCUCCCACAGACCUUAGAGCUGUGCCUUUUCUAUGCAAUAUUACAGACAUAUACAUCUGAAACCAGAUUACUGUAUUCACAUGUAGGUAUGGGCUGUAAUCAAAAAAACAAUGGGACAAAUGUACAUGGAAAUGAGCAGUCUUACUUUUGUAGUUUUAUAUUAUACAAUAAACAAUUAAAAUAAA